CCCAUCCUCCCAGGGGAAAGGAAAUGGCGUCAGUGGAGCCGGCUCAGGGGCUGGUGACCUUUGAGGAGCUGGCUGUGUACUUCACGGAGGGGGAAUGGGCUCUGCUAGACCCUGCUCAGAGAGCCCUCUACAGGGAGGUCAUGCAGGAGAACUAUGCCACUGUGGCCUCACUGGGGUUUCCAGUUUCCAAACCUGAUGUGAUCUCCCGGCUGGAACGAGGGGAAGAGCCAUGGGUCCCAGAUCUCCAGGGUUCUGAAGAAAGAGAGCUCCAGAAAGGUGCCCAGACAGGUAAUUGGAUGGUGAGUGAGAACGAGGAGCAGAAUCCACAGCAGGUUGAUGCUGAGCAACUGGAACCACAUGGGACAUUAGCAGGAAGAUGCAAUGGGAUGGUGAGUGAAAACAAGAAGAAGACCUCCUGCCAGGAAGAUGCUGAGCAAGUAGAACCACAUGGGACAUUAGCAGGAAGAUCCAAAGGGAAAAUUUCUUGGAGUUAUGCAGAGGCUAAAGCCUGUGAGAGUCAGCAUAGGCCAGAGAAAACCUUCAGUAGUGGCUCAGACCUUAUUAGACAUGAUAGAAUCAACACGGGAGAGAGACCCUACAUAUGCUCUGAGUGCGGGAAACACUUCACUCGGCGCUCAGACCUUAUCACACAUCAAAGAAUCCACACAGGAGAGCGACCUUACACAUGCUCUGAUUGUGGGAAAAGCUUCAAUCGAAGCUCAAACCUUAUCAUACAUGAGAGAAUCCACACUGGAGAGCGACCCUACAAGUGUUUUGAGUGUGGGAAAAGCUUCAGUGAGAGCUCACACCUUAUCAGACAUCAGAGAAUUCACACAGGAGAGCGACCCUACAAGUGUUCUGAGUGCAGGAAAAGCUUCAGUGUGACUUCACACCUCAUUAGACAUCGGAGAGUCCAUACUGGAGAGAGACCCUACAGAUGCCUUGAGUGUGGGAAAAGCUUUCGUUGGAGCUCAAGUUUUAUCCGACAUAAGAGAAUCCACACAGGCAAGUAA